CCCCAUGCCCUCUCUUUUCUUUUCCUUUCUCCCCUUCCCCGUCAAAACUAAGGCAACCCCCCCUUCUCUCUCUCUCUCGUUCCCUCUCUUCUCUGUUAUUUCCGCCGUCCCUCCUCACACCGUUGCGCCUACCUCUCCGAGCAUCUCGAACAUCUCUAGGCAGCGCAGCCUCACUUUAGAAUCUGAACGUCCAGUCACUCCACCUCACUCCGCCGUGCUCUACUUAGUGGCAUGUUUGUUUCAUGAGGGCUGCUCAAGAUUGGGAACUUGGGAACCUUCGCAGAUUUUUUUGGUUUUUCUGUAUGCUAUGAAUAUUGGUAAUGUGGUGGAGGACUGGAUGAUUUGGACUCCAAUGGAGGUAGAAGACUCUUGGUGCGAUUCUUUUACAAGGCUCUUUCGCGUCAUCAUAGUAACCACUUUCCCUAGAAGAGUACGUGGAUGGAGAGAAAUGAUCUAAAGUGAAGGCAUGAAUGCGUUCAAGGCUUACAAGGCCUGCGUCCCAAUUGCAUGGAGCCCUAACUUGUAUAUAACUUUGGUGAGGGGCAUUCCAGGGACCAGGAGACUUCACAGGCGCACUUUAGAGGCAUUGCGUCUGCGCAAGUGCAACCGAACCGUCAUGCGAUGGAAUACUCCUACUGUCAGGGGAAUGCUCCAACAGGUCAAGAGAUUAGUAGUGAUAGAGACAGAAGAGAUGUACAAGGCUCGCAAGCAAAAGGGUGCAAACCAUUGCGCUUUACGUCCCCCAUUGGUCAUAAGUCACUUACCUGCUCCUGCAAAAUGAUUCUUCUCAAGAGCAUUUUCACUUGUUCUGAGAUUAGCUUUAAGCUACUUUGCUGGUUUGUUGUUUAAGGAACAUUUUUCCAGAAGUGUAUUCUGUAGAAACAUUGACAAUUUAAUAAGCUUGAAGCUUUUCCUAGUUUGCAUGAUUUAA